UACCGCAGAUCAAGGCGUGCGCUUGCAUCUUGCAGCUGAUGGUGCGCUCGCGCUCCUGAAAAUUGCUAGCGCUAGUUGCUCACGCCUUGGGGAUCUCCCCAGAACUUUGCUUCCGCGGGGCUGCCGGGGAUCCCGGCCUCUGCUGACUGUCUCCGCCCACUGCGCUCAGCCCUGAGCGCUAGGCUGACCCUGGCCAAGCGGAGGCGGAUCCAGAAUGAGUCCGGGCGUCGCAUAUUCUCGGGAACACAGAGCCCCACCCGGGGGCGGGACCGCUCGGUCUCGUUCCCUAGGAGUCGGAGCCCUGGAUCCCACAGCUCUUUCUUCACAGCCACCUUCACUCUGAUUAAGUCCACUGCCCGGGCACCCAGCCAUGUCGUCCUGCACCCGCGUGGCGCUGGUGACCGGGGCAAACAAGGGCAUCGGCUUUGCCGUCACACGGGAACUCUGUAGGCGGUUCCCGGGGGACGUGGUGCUCACCGCGCGGGACGAGGUGCGGGGCCGGACGGCGGUGCAGCAGCUGCAAGCCGAGGGGCUGAGCCCGCGCUUCCACCAACUAGACAUCGACGACCUGCAGAGCAUCCGCGCCCUGCGCGACUUCCUGCGCAGGGAGUACGGGGGCCUCAACGUGCUGGUCAACAACGCGGGCAUCGCCUUCAAGAUGGAUGACCCAACGCCCUUCGACAUUCAAGCUGAGCUGACACUGAAGACAAACUUCUUCGCCACUAGAAAUGUCUGCACUGAAUUACUGCCCAUCAUGAAGCCGCACGGGAGAGUGGUGAACAUCAGUAGUUUACAGGGCUCCAAAGCUCUUGAAGACUGCAGCGAAGCCCUGCAGGAACGCUUCCGGUGUGACACACUCACAGAGGGGGACUUGGUGGAUCUCAUGAAAAAAUUUGUGGAGGAUGCAAAAAAUGAGGUGCAUGGGAGGGAAGGCUGGCCCGACUCGGCUUAUGGGGUGUCCAAGCUGGGGGUCACAGUGUUGUCGAGAAUCAUGGCCUGGCAGCUGAAUGAGAAGAGAAAGGCUGACAGGAUACUGCUGAAUGCCUGCUGCCCAGGGUGGGUGAAGACAGACAUGGCGGGGGACCAGGGCUCCAGGACCCUGGAGCAGGGGGCCGAGACCCCUGUGUACUUGGCCCUCCUGCCUCCAGAUGCCACAGAACCCCACGGCCAGCUCGUCCGUGACAAAGUUGUGCAGAACUGGUGAACCUCUCUUUGGAGCUGCAUUCUUUUCCACUAGCCUGUUUAUGACACACGAUCAGUGCACUCAUCUCGGGGGAUGGUACACUCACACCCUGCAUCUGGGUCUCUACUUCGCCUUCGGGAGCUCAGGGCAUAAUGAGUGUUGGGGGGAGGAAUAAAUGAAUUCUGAUGCU